AGCAACCCUGUUACGGCGAAUUAGAAAAUGUCAAAAUUCUGAUUGAAAUUAGUAGUCACUACUAGACGCAAAUUUGCCGAAAAAAGUUACUGUUUUCCGUGCAUCUGUUAAUAAAAUCACAGAAAACAAUGGCUAGUGAACAAGCUAAGGAAGCCAAAUUGAACGAGAAGAUUAUUGGGGAGUUCCAACAGCUUAGAAAUGAACAACGAAAUCUUGUAAACAAUUUGAAUACGUUGGAGAUGGAUCUGAAAGAACACAAAACUGUGAUAGAAACACUUAAAACUGUCGAUCCUGAACGAAAAUGCUUUCGUCUCAUUGGUGGCGUGCUGGCAGAACGCACUGUUAAGGAGGUGCUACCACAGUUGAUUGAAAACAAAGAUUUCAUCGAGAAAACCAUUACACGCGUAAACGAAGACCUCACCGCCAAAGGACAACAGAUAAACAAAUUUAAAGAGGAGCAUAAUAUAAAGAUUCGUGGCGAACAAAUGUCUAAUGAAACACCAAAAAGUGAAGAGGGAGAAAAAAAAUCGGAAAACCGAAAUGUUUUGGUGUCAAAUUGAAGUUGUUUUCUCCUUUUUGUGAAUAUGAAUGUGAUGUAGUGGGGACAUAGCAGUAUUGCUGUCUGUGCCCGUAUAGCUCUUCUCGUUCAUGUUUCUGAAAUAAGUGCGUGGAAAUUCUCAAUAAUCAAAGAUAACAAUAUUACAUUUAGUUUCUGUAAUAAGACCAACUUUCUCAUUAAAUCGAAAAGUGUUUCAAUUCUGUUGUUUGGGAUUGACAUUAAAA